AUGGUGGCUACGCUGUUGCUGGUGUCGACCUCCGCCAGCGCCCCACCCACGGUCACGAUCAAGAACGGGUCCUACUACGGCGUCUACCAGGAAACCUACGACCAAGACCUCUUUCUCGGCAUGCCAUACGCCCAACCACCCGUCGGAAAUCUCCGCUUCCGCAACCCAGAGCCGCUCAAUUCAACGUGGACGGACGCCAAGAACGCGACCGAGUACUCGCCUGAGUGCUACGGCUACGGCAGCGACCAGUGGGUGCUAGGCAACGUGAUCUCGGAGGACUGCCUGACGAUCAAUGUCGUUCGACCUAGCGGCAUCUCCGCGGACGCUAAGCUGCCCGUGGGUUUUUGGAUCCACGGUGGCGGCCUCUUUGAAGGCGGCAACCGCGACCCCCGCUACAACUUCUCUUACAUCAUGAACGAAGCCACGCAAGCGGGCAAACCAUUCAUCGGUGUGAGCAUCAACUACCGCCUCCAAGGCUUUGGCUUCCUUUGGGGGAGCGCAGUUGAGGACGAAGGCGUGUCCAACCUCGGAUUCAAGGACCAACGUUUGGCCUUGCACUGGGUCCAGGAAAACAUCGCCGCCUUUGGUGGCGACCCGGACAAGGUCACGAUCUGGGGCGAGAGCGCUGGCGGCUGGAGCGUCGGCUAUCAACUGCUGGCUUACGGCGGUCGUGACGACGGUCUUUUCCGCGGCGCUAUCAUGCAGUCUGGCGCUCCAGCCCACGGCCCGUCGAGCUACACGAACGCGUCGGCCUGGGACGUCUACUACAACAACAUCACCUCCGCCGCCAACUGCAGCUCGGCUUCGGACACUCUGGCCUGCCUUCGUGAAGUCCCCAUCGGCACGCUGUCGUCGAUCUUCAACAGCUCCGUGGCUUCAUCAGCCUCCUUCAGCCCCGUCAUCGACGGUGACUACAUCCAGGACACCGGCGCUGCUCUCCUGAGAGACGGCAAGUUUGUGCACGUGCCAAUCCUGCACGGCGCCAACCACGACGAAGGCUCGGCCUUUGGAACCAGGGGCAUCAACUCCACGGACGAGUUCCUCGAGUACCUGGUGUUGAUGGGGAAUACGGCUGAAGAGGCUGAGAUUCUCGCCGCCGUCUACCCUGACAUCCCCGAAAUCGGCAUCCCCGGCACGCUGCACGGUCGUCCGACUGCCGAAUCCUUGGUGGGAUCUCAGUUCAAGCGUGUCUGUGCCUAUGCCGGUGAUGCCUACAUGCACGCUCCGCGCCGCUACACAGCCGAAACGUGGGCAGCGAACAACGUGACGAGCUACAGCUACGUGUUCAACGUGAUGGUCAACGGACUCUCGCAGUACGUGGGCGCCACGCACUUCCAGGAGAUCGCGUUCGUGUUCUACAACCUCCAAGGCAACGGAUACGAGAACGCCGUCUCGGUCAACCCGUUCCUGAACGAGCCCGAGACCUUCGCCCAGCUCGCGCGUCUCAUGACCCGCUCGUGGGCGAGCUUCAUCGUGGACCAGACGCCCAACAACAACGGCGUGACGGCCCUCCAGUGGCCCGAGUACACUGUGGACAACCGGCAGAACAUCGUGUUCGACGUGAACGUCACCGAGCUGGCCUACAUCGAGCCCGAUCUCUACCGCGCCGAAGGCAUCGCGUACCUGCACAGUCAGUACUUUGAGUAG